AUGACGAAUACUUGUACUGUGAUAUGGUUUCGAAUAAUACUUAUCUUACCAUUUACUUCAAUCCUAACAUUGGUUUUGACCUUAAUUAUGUGUAGUCAAGUACCGAAUAAUAUUCAGCCAGGAGAGCAAUUACCUCAAAUAUCUGACCUUGGAACUGGUGAAGCACAUAAUUAUUUCAUGUCCGGUUUUAUCAUUUUGCUUCCACAAUUCUUAUUCAUGUUUAUUGGUAGACUUCAGUUUUUAAUUCAAUCCCAAAAAAUUGUUCAUUGUGCUAUCAUACUUCUUAUUCAUGUCAGUCUAUUCAUCUGUGGUAUAUUUCUUCUAAUUAUGGCCAUUGUAAAUGAAGACGAUCGCCGUACUCUACACUUGGUCGGCGCGAUUGGUACAUUUGCUUGCAUUGCAUUCUAUUGUAUUCUUCAUACAAUACUUAUCAUCUAUCUUUUUAUUCAUCGAUCAGAAGCUAUUGAACAUUCGAAUUUCAUUUUACCAUUGUGGUUUUUGGGGUGUACGAUUAUGUCGGUCGCCUCCUCUAUUGCUUUGGUUGUUACAUUUACAAGUAUUCCUGAAUAUUUUGCUGUUGGGACGCCUUUUCUCUAUUUUCUUGGUUUUGUGCCACAAUUUUGGUCAAAAGCAAAACUAAUUAAAGCCGAUACCAAUCUCACUCAUACUGUACGCAAUUCAAAUCCGAGUGAGACUUAA